AUGACGUUCAAGUUUGUAUACGUGUUUGUAGGCUUGCUUGCGUUGGCUUCGGCCUAUGUUCCAAGCGGUACAUAUACUCCAGGUUCUGGCGGGAUCUUAAAAAAUGCCACCGAUUACCUGCCUUAUCCCCUUGCAAACUUCACCACUCCCAACGCAAGCCCUGCGAAUCUGCCCAAAGGAUGCCAGAAUGGCCUUCACUCCCGAGGCUGCUGGGGUAACUACUCCAUCGACACAAACUACUAUGAGGACUCUCCUCGUACUGGAGUGACUAGGGAGUACUGGCUUGAUGUCGUCAACGGAACCAUCUCUCCAGAUGGCUACAUAAUUGGAGCUCUCACUUUCAACGGCACCAUUCCAGGACCUCUGAUCGAGGCUGAUUGGGGUGACGAACUUCUUAUCCACGUCACAAAUAAGCUGCAGGCGAAUGGCACAUCUAUCCACUGGCAUGGCUUCCGGCAGCUGAACAACAAUGAGGCGGAUGGUGUCCCUGGUGUCACCCAGUGCCCCAUACCACCCGGGGAGACCUAUACUUACAGAUUUUAUGCCGAACACUACGGAACAACCUGGUAUCAUUCCCACUUUACAAUGCAGUACUCCGUUGGACUUCAAGGUCCCAUAAUUAUUCAUGGACCUGCCACAGCCGACUAUGACGAAGAUCUAGGAACUGUCAUCUUGCAAGACUGGGCGCACGAGUCCUUCUUCGCCUUGUGGUGGUACGACCGUGUCUUCAAACCACCAACUCCUCAGCUGCCUCCCUCGCUGGAUAGUUCCCUCAUCAACGGCAAGAAUAUAUAUCCCUGUGAUACCAAGAAUCCUCGAUGCGUGGGUGGUACAAGCCGUGCUGAGUGGCACUUUGAGCAGGGGAAGAGGUACCGUAUGCGCCUCAUCAACACCGGUGUUUACUCCAACAUGCGUUUCUCCAUUGAUAACCACACCCUCACUGUCAUUGCCAUGGACUUUGUACCCAUAGUUCCCUAUAAUACUGACAAUGUCGCAAUUAGCAUGGGUCAACGGUACGACAUCAUUGUCGAGGCAAACGCAGAUGUCAACAACUAUUGGCUCCGCGGGAACUGGCAGGAGAAGUGCUGUGCAAACCAGCAGGCCAACAACACCCUCGGCAUCAUUCGCUACGACUCCUCCUCAAAGAAAGACCCCAAGACAAAGACCACUGUUAACACGUACCCCGACAACUGCCGUGAUGAACCCAUGGAGAGUCUCGUUCCCCACGUCCCCCUCGACGUCGGCAAGCCCGACCAAAUCCAGCAGCUCAACCUCAGCUUCGUCACCCCUCCCGCGCCCAAGGAGUUCCUGUUCACGCUCAACGAAAACUACCUCUGGGUCAAUUGGUCCGCACCGACGAACCUACUCCUUCUCGACGAUACUAACAAAUUCCCUGACCAGUACAUGGUUCUCGAGAAUUUUUCCAACAACAAGUGGGUCUACUUCGUCUGGAACGAUCACUCGGGCCGCAACAGGUCGCACCCCAUGCAUCUUCACGGUCACGACUACUAUAUCCUCGGCACCGGCCCGGGAAACUUCACCUCAAAGUCGCCCCUCAACCUGAAGAACCCUCCGCGCCGCGACACGGCUACCUGGCCCGAGAGUGGCUAUAUGGUCAUGGCUUUCAAGACGGACAACCCCGGCACAUGGCUUGCCCACUGCCACAUCAUGUGGCACUCGAGCGAGUCCCUCGGCAUCCAAUUUGUUGAGCAGCCAGGGCAAAUGUCCGCUACGCACCAAAACGCGUCGUAUAUCCGUGAAACGUGCGACAAGUGGAACGCCUUUUGGCCUGGGCCGGGGACAUUCGAAGAGGAUGACUCCGGUAUAUGA